UCUCUGCCCGUUCAUACCAGAUGGCUUCAUAGACGCAAGCGGACGUGCGUCCCCUUCCCGAACACACCAGCUUCGCUCCCGAAUAGGAAUAGAAGAGAAUUAUUUUUGCGUGUGUUCUGUUUGACGCCACCGCCUCGAAUGGAUCUCGGGGCUUUAACGGCGGCGGCGGCGGCGGCGCAGCGUGUGUCGUGCCACGCCAUGAAUGCGGCGGAUUUAAGCAUGAAGCCUCCUGCAGCCGAAGGAGCCCAGCAAGCCGGCGCUCCGGGGGCCAAAGCUGGCCGCUCCAAAUCCGAGUCUGCCAAAACGGAACUGGCGCAUGUGAUAACCGACGCAAGAACGGGACGCUCGUACAGUAAAGGGAAGCUUUUGGGAAAGGGCGGUUUUGCACGAUGCUACGAGAUGACGGACCUGUCUAACAACAAAAUGUUUGCCGUCAAAGUCAUUCCGCAAAGCAGGGUGUCCAAACCGCACCAGAGAGACAAGAUCACCAAUGAGAUCGAGUUGCACAAAACCCUGUCGCACAAGCACGUGGUGAAGUUCUCGCACCAUUUCGAGGACCAGGAUAACAUCUACAUAUUUCUUGAGCUCUGCAGUCGCAAGUCACUGGCGCACAUUUGGAAGGCGAGACACACGUUGACUGAGCCCGAAGUGCGAUAUUACCUUAGGCAGAUUAUAUCAGGCCUCAAGUAUCUACACAGCAGAGGCAUCCUGCACAGAGAUCUCAAACUAGGCAACUUCUUUGUGAAUGAAAACAUGGAACUACGCUUGGGAGACUUUGGCCUCGCUGCCAAGCUGGAAACGGUUGAGCAGAGGAAAAAGACCAUCUGUGGAACCCCCAACUACUUGGCCCCCGAGGUGCUCAACAGGCAGGGCCAUGGCACCGAGUCAGACGUUUGGUCCCUUGGUUGCGUCAUGUACACGUUGAUGUGCGGCAACCCGCCCUUUGAGACUCUGGACCUGAAAGAGACGUACAAAUGCAUCAAGGAAGUUCGCUACAACCUGCCCUCUGGGCUCUCGCCCGCCGCCCAGAAACUCAUCUCGGGCGUUCUGCAGAAAGCCCCGAGCGACAGACUCACGCUGGAUCAAAUUCUCCACCAUGAAUUCUUCACCAAAGGUUUCACCCCCGACAGACUUCCCCCCAACAGCUGCGUAACGGUGCCCGAGCUCCAUCCCCCCAGCCCGGCCAAGAAAUUCUUCACCAAAGUGGCCAAGAGCCUCUUUGGCAAGAAAAAGGCAAAAGUGGAGAAGGCCCCAUGCGAGGAGAAGGAGGACAAAGACAUUUCCAAGCUGGUGUCCGGCAUCGUCAAGUGCUCCAUCAACCGCCAGAUCAGCUACAAAACCGUGGGCCCAAAUGAGGUGGCCAUCGGUCAGCCGGUCAGCUCGGUGCCUCUGGAGCAGACUGCGGCGGAGGAGGAAUCCAGGAAGUCAAUCUCGCGUUCCUUCAAAGGCACCAUGGCUAGCAGCUCUGAACCGUGCGAUGAUGUCAUCACUCCCUCCGUUGUGGCGGAAUGUGCCAUGAAGGUUCUCAAUGGCUGCUUGGCCAUUAUGCCUGCAGCCACGAGAAACCCGCCGUGCUUCUCCAGGCCACAGUCCUUCCUGUGGGUCACCAAAUGGGUGGACUAUUCCAACAAAUACGGUUUUGGCUACCAGCUGUCAGACCAAAGCAUCGGAGUGCUCUUCAACGAAGGAACGCACCUCAGCCUCUGUGACCAGCGCAAGACGGUCCACUACUGCUUGACUAACAACAAGCACUUUAGCUUCCCUGCCAGCUCGCUACCGGAGCAGCUUCGGAGCCAGAAACAAAUUGUAGAGCUCAUGGCCAACUACAUGGAACAAAAUCUCAUGGAGGGUGGCGACAUUCACUGUCAUGAACAAGUUCCCGGUCCUCCUCCUCUGCUGCUGCAGUGGGUGAAAACCGACCACGCGCUCGUCAUGCUCUUCAACAACGGAACGCUGCAGGUGAACUUCUACACAGACCACACCAAGAUCAUCCUGUCCAAGUCGUCGGACUCGUACGUGCUGACCUACAUCAGCCGCGAGCGCGUUUCCCACACGUACCUCCUCAGCAUGCUGAGCGAGAUGGGCUGCACGGCCGAACUGCGGCACCGCCUCCGAUACGUGCUCCAUCUCCUGCAGCACCACGCUGAUGCCUGAGGAGAAGGAAAAAAAAAAGCAAACAAAAUCAGACUGGCCAACUGUGACUUUGGAGGCUCUAUGACCGGCUCCCGCCCGAUUGGUUGAUCGUUUUGCAGCAGCGCCGUAACGGGCCUCGUGUGGACUGGUGCCGUGGCAGCUGAUAUGAUACUUCUGCCCAGGUAGUUUUGAUCAGAUGUCAUGUUGACUUUUGCGGUCUGUGCCUGUCCAAACAAUGUCUAAUGAUUGGACACUCCAUGAUGGAUGCCAAAAAAAAAGUUUCACCUAACUACAGAUUCUCCUUCUUCUUGGUUGCAUGGUGCCAAC